GCAGUCUCACUAUCUUUCGCAAUUAGCUUAAGAUAACUCCUUCACCACAUAAAUGGAGUCUUCAGACCAAACCCCCCGGGUACUCAAACAGUGUUUGGAGUUGUUCGACUCCCCCAAGCACGAGCAGUAUUCCAUGCCCAUUGAGGUGAACAUCCGCGACAAAUAUAAUCACCACCCAGACAUCCAGUACUUCAAGAGCAUCAAGAGUAGAAACCAUUUUACUUAUCACAAAUACAAGAGAACCCCCACCAAAAGUGCCCCAGCUCUGCUAUCGUUAAUAAGUGACUUUGACCCCUUCCUGAGGACGCUUCUCCUUGAGCGGUUGUCCACAUUUCUGUCACUAAAUUGGAGCAUUCCUCUUGAUACUGAUCAUGAACUUAAUGAACUUAAAUGUGCCCAGAACGGAUGGAAGUGUAUUUCAAUUGCUAUCAAUAACGUUUCCAAAAACCAUUUGUUAUGCACAUCAUGUAAGAAACUUCUAAGUCUUCGGUUUAAUGAAUUUAGUGAAGAACUGUCUGAACUUGACUUGAAGAACUGUGAAGAUCUCAACUGCUAUUUGGCAGAGGAGUAUAUCCACCAAGUGAAAAAUGCUGGCCAUAGCGUCAAUUGUCCGUGGCGCAACUUCGAGACUCCUUUGGAAGGAGUAUACUAUGUCAAACCGUUCAUUGAGUCUACUAAUGAGACUCUCAUCAAUACCUACUUGUCGUGCCUAAAGAGCUUGGUCGAUAAUCACCGCAUAAUAGCAGAUAAGCAAGGCAUGUUUACGAGCACUAGUCCUAGCUCCGAGCGCUUGAAGGCGUUUGUACGCGUGUCCAAUAACUGGAUACUCAAGCGGUACUAUGGUGAUAACAAGACUGAUAAGAGUAUGAUUCUUGAUCAUAUACCAUCGUGGAUAUACGAUAUCAGCUUGCAUGGCUGGGACUUGAAAGUCCAGUCGUUUUCAAACCACCUCGUUCUCUUCUUGGUGUGUUCAGACUGCAACAAGAAAGUGUUUCUUGACUACAGGCAGCAUCCACCCAUCAACAAGGAUAUACCGCAUGUACCUGUUUCUACUGGCUUGGACUUGUCGACAUCCAAGAUUCUCACUCCCGUGAAGUACCCUUCCAACUUAACAAGCUCUGUUUUCACCAAAAGCUGCUAUGAUAUCGUAGAAGAAGAGGAAGAAGAGGAAGAAAUUAUAGACUUAUACUCCCAACAUAAGUGUUGGUGUUCGAGGAAAUUGGUUUGGAACAAUCAGGAACGUAUUUCUGAUUAUUUAUUCAACUUGAUAAUUCGGAUGGAAACAAGAAUUGGGCCUGAUGGAGAAUAUCUAGGGGAAACUGACUCAACAAUGUACACUGAUGAUGAAUCUUGUAAACGAAGAGUAAGUUUCGAUGUUGCAGACGGGUUGGAGAGAUUGAACAAGUUACGCAAAUUGUAUUUAGUUGAUGAUUGAUGACAUUUCUUUAUAAAUAAACAAUAACCGCAAAGGGCUGAAAGCAAAAUGAAGUGAAAAUAGGGCUAUACGUUAUUAGGAGGUUCACUGUAAUCCAAGAUCUCGAUAAAGGUUUCCUCUCUGUCGUUAAUACUUCUUUGGACGGCGGCCACACAACGGUUGAAAUCAAAUCUUACUUGCCAGAUCCCACCAGUAACAUCGGCAAGUAUGUCUUUGACGAAUUUUCCUUUACGAAUGUCCCAAAGCUUCAACAUUCGUUCGCUUCCGCUGAUGAUUCUUAAGGCAUCGUGUUGAAAACAGGUUAUAGCCGCACUGUGACCUUCAAGUUUGCUAUAAUUCUCGCCAGUUUUGGGGUUCCAAACUCUUAAAGUAGUAUCGGCAGCGGCAGAAACCAAGUAGUCCUUGCUCAAUUCCAACAACCCUACCAAUGAACCAUGACCCUUCAAAGUGUGCAAUAAUUCACCAGUAUCAACAUUCCAUAUGUUAAUAGUCGAGUCCAUUGAGCCAGAAUAACAGAUUUUAUUCUUGUAGUCCAAAACUGUCGAAUAUAUUCUAUCCACAUGUCCAGCUAAUACUUGAACACAGGUCCCACCUCUCAUUAAAUCCCAUACUCUGACAGUAGCAUCAUAGGAGCCACUAACAAUUAAGUUUCCAUACGCAGACACCGAUCUGACCGACUGGGUGUGUCCCACCAACACCUUCAUGAGGAACGGGUUGUUGAUGUCAGAACUGUCGUAUGUCAUACAUGGAAUGCCGUCGUCCUCAUCAGUAUCGGGUAUUAUGGGCAAUCUCCAGACAUUCAAGUUGUGAUCUCUCGAGCCAGUCACAAGCAACGGAACCGAAGGAAAUAUUAUAUCAUUACCAGACUCGUCUCUUCCGAUUUUCACUGGGUGUAAGAUAUCCAAGCAUCUCACGGUGGAGGUGUGUCCUUUGAAGAUAUGCGUACACUUUCCAGUCCGAAUAUUCCAGAUUCUGACUGUCCGAUCGGUGGCACCACUAACCAAGGUGUUGCCGGUAUACUUCAAGGCCCAGACACCACCUUCGUGGCCCUUUAGUACCUUGAGCAACGCCCCGGUCUUGGUGUCAUGAACAUUGAUGAGUCUGUCAUCCACACCAGUGAUGAUCUUUUCAUCAUCAUGCUGUAAGCACGUUACAACGUUAUUACCUUGACUGGGCACCUUGAUACUGAUACGUUUGGGCUCGUACUUGGGGUUCAUCCACCGGUUGUAGAUAGUCAAUCUCUUUUUGUAUAGAAGUUGAGCAAUAUUUAGUUCCGAAUUGGCAGCAGGAUCGGCCCAUUCGCUAAUCAACUGGUCAGGGUUGGCGAUUUCACGCUCGAUAUCUUCAGGAGAUUCCAUCAACCGGUCCUUCUUGAGCAAUUCCACCCACACGUUGGAACCAUUCACUACCCGGUUCCAUUUACGGUUGACUAGGGCAAGGUUGAAUAAAGAUUUGUGGUCCAACUGGUCAAGAAUCUUACGGGUGAUUUCCAGCGGGAAGUUGGUCAAAAGAUCCCGUUUCAAGUUGUGGAAGAUGGUGUUACCCAACGAAC